AUGAUCCUGUCGAAAGUGACUUGUGUUUUUUUCAAUUGUACGAACUCACCAUAUUGUUAUGUGGCUCGAAUUGACUGUAGUCCAGAUUUAGAGGUUUUGAACAUUGACUGCUGCCCCUGCGCACCCGCACCCCUUCAACUUCUUAAGUUGGGGCUAUUUGCAUGUGCACCCAUAGCUCCAUCUCUUGCUGUUGACCUACGUGUACUAGAGCUCGUUAGGACUCUUUUUGUACGGAUCACCCCCAAUACAACAGCCUGGUGUGAAGCAUUGGAAGUUUUUCUAACAGCUCGGGGUUACAAACUUUCUACCAAGGACAAUCUUCGCCGCCGCUUCAGUAAUGCGUAUCAUUGGUACUCAGUCCUUGUGAUGAAUGCUGGAGACCACGUAUACAGCCUCAUUUCACAACAUCUUCCUUCGCGUUCUUUGGGGGACGAAGUCUUGCCCGCACAACCAAGCGAUUAUCUCCGUUCACGUUGUCCAGUUUGUUUUGGAAUGCAGGAUUGGCAAAAGGAUCACGGUUCGCGUCUCAAGCUAGAUUGCCAUGUAUGCAUCGAUGCAUGCUUCACACAGAAACGGUCAGCCAAUUCACGUGGGGCCGAUGGCCUAGAUCCGCCAAACCCAACACGAUCAGUUUUCAUUUCGGACGAAGAGGUCGCACGGAUGGAAGCUCACGUACUUGCCUGUCGAGGCUCCCUACCUGGUCGUGGAACAAAACGCAAGAAGCCGGAAGGCGACGAAGACGGGUAUGAAGAUGGUAUGCGCAUCCCUGUAUCGACAUUGGAUGCCUGCAGGGAAUCUUUUCUUGCUGCCGACGAAAAACGAGAGAAAGCUAGCACCCGUUUCUUCGCCGAUACGGGAAUCAUGGCCUUACUUUGUCGUCAUGAUUGUGUCUUAUGGUUGGUCAAUAUGACAUCAGCAGGUGAAAAACAAUAUUAUGCGCUUGCACUUAUUAAAAAGCUCUUCGAACAUCUUCCGCCAACCAUGACCGUCGGUAUCUUGUAUGAUAUUGCAUGUCAGCUCGAGCGUAGUUGUCUUAAAUACCAACUUCUCGAGCAAGGUAUUCUCUCACGUAUCGUCUUUUCUAUAUCCGUAUUUCACGUGUACGGACAUCAGUGGCCUUGUCAGCUUAUUUAUCACCCUCGCAAAUGUGAAGGGUUUGGACUUUCUGACGGAGAGGGCUGUGAGCGCCUGUGGAGCGCUCUCAAGAUGUUGAUCCCCCCCUUGCGGGUCUCUGGGUACCACCAACGGCUUUUUGUGCUGAAUGCGCAAGUUCGGCAUCUUGACGGCAAAAAUCUCGAUACAUUUGGCAAGUGGCUGAGUCGCAGAUGGACUCGUUGCCAGACAAAGAAGAGCAGUGCAGAACAUGCGCUUCAACAACUCUCUGUAGAUGAAGCUAAUAUACGCCCGGAAUGGAGGGCUCAGGUCGAGCACCAAACGAAACCAUUAUCCAGGAGAUCAAAAACCAACAAUGACAAGCAAAUAUCGAAGAUUUUGACCCUCGAGCGAACACUCAGUAACCUGGACGAUUCCGUUCGUGCUCUUGAGAUGCAGCUCUGUGCUGGCAACACUCUUAACAAUGUUGACUUCAACCUUCGACUUGCAGACGAACGCACCCACCGGUCCAAAGUUGCUGAUACUCUGCGACGAUGGAAGGCAUCCCUUGGCAUCGGGCAACUUAACGAUCUUCAACAACUCCGACGUAGUAUAUUCCUUCAAAUUCGUCUUGAUGCGCAAGCUGUCAAGGCACGCCUUCGUGAACGUCUGCGCCAGCGCAAAUUUGAAAUUGAGAGGUUUGAACGGUCGUACCGUCAGACAGUAAAUGAGCACAAGCUUCAUGUGCAUGCAGAAGCUUCAAUUCAACGGCGCAACCCUACCAUACGAAAGCUUGUCACAACUUACAACAACCUCUGUGGUAAACUAAUUGACUUAAUUCGACGAGGCGAGGCUCCUGCCGGUGCGAUAGCGCCUCAUUCUAUCUCUCCGACUGGUAUCUUUCAGCUUGAUGUAGAUGAUGACAUCUGGCAAGAUGUUGGACUUGACAGCAAUGACAUGGCUCCACCUGCCUGGCUAGCGGAUGAAAAUAUGCGUGCAGCAAUUAAGUUUCAACUCGAGGUAGACCGGUGCAAUGAGGAAAGGGCUCGUAUCAUGCGAGAACGUUGUGUUCUCCAGGAGUGGAUGAUGGCUGAGUGGGAUGCCUUGCAGGAGGCUCGCACUUGUGCAGAAGAAAAUGAAGAUCUCUGCUUUCAUUUCGACCUCCGUGCGCGCUUGUUGAGUGGUCUUGUUGUGCAUUGGCAAUCUCGAGUUUGUCCUAUCCCUUGUGCUUGGCCAUUGCCUGACUCAUGGGGCCCCACCCCGAAUGACCUUGCUGAGGCUGCUAAUAUGUAUUAUCAACCAAGCUGUCUUGAUGGCACAGCUGCUGUGUAUGAUUCUGAGAAUGACUGGGAGUCUGAUGAGGAGAGGGAGAAUGAUGAAUUGAUAGAUGAAUUGGAGGAAGCUGCAUUGGCUGGAGCAUAUAUAGAUCUUGACUCGGAUUCAUAUGAUAUAUAG